AUUGUCCGGUAAGAUAGACGGUUGUGCAUAUUAUAGUCGAUGUUCUCUGUAGCGAUUCUGGAAGUAGACCUAAAUACAGCCAGUGUAUGGUGAAGACUGUGAUGUGAACACGAUAUUGUACUGAAUUAAUUAGUCCGAACAGUAAAUAUGAGGAAGGCAGCUUUAGUUGUAGGCGCCUCACGGGGGAUCGGGAGGCAGAUCGCUCUGUCAUUGUCAAAAAAUCGCUACGGUGUGGGCGUGGCAUCAAAGACUGAGACAUCCACCGAAACACUUCCUGGUUCUAUUUACACAGUGGCGGCGGAAAUCGAGGCCGAGGGGGGUAGGGCUGAACCUAUGGUCUGUAACACACGGUCCGAGGAAGAUAUCAAGGAAGCUGUCCAAAAGUGCAUUAAAGAGUUUGGCAGGUUAGAUGUAGCCGUUUAUAACGCUGGGUCAAUCACGUGGGAUAAAGUUAUCAACACAAAAACAAAAAAAUAUGACCUGAUGAAUGAAGUGAAUGCACGAGGAGCUUACAUCAUGGUACAGGAAGUCCUCCCACAUUUCCUGGAACAGAAAUCCGGCAAAAUUAUACUGGUGUCGCCGCCAAUAUACAAUAGAUUCUUUAAAGGGAAGACACCGUAUUCCAUGUCGAAAGUAGCCAUGACAGUCCUUGUCCACGGACUGGCAAAUGAACUGCAAGGGACAGGGGUUUCAAUUAGUGCUUUGUGGCCGGCAACAGUCAUCAGAAGUCACGUGACUGAUAAGUUAAAGGUACCCCUGAAACUCAUGAGGACACCUGACAUAUUUGCUGACGCGGUAGUAAAAAUUGCCGAAGAUCCGACUGAAAAGCUGAAUGGCCAGGCGUUGAUAGACGAGGAUUACCUGAGGACAACAGGUGUGUCUGAUUUCUCCAUGUACAGGUGUGACAGUGACCACGAACCUUCUCGCAUGAUGCCCCAAAGAUUCCCCUCCCUCUUGGUUGAGGAGGAGGACCAGAACGUACCACUUUCAGCAGCACGAGAAAAUACAAACAGCGAUAUAAAUAGUAAACUAUGAA